CGAGAAGCAAUGGUUUCGAUCGUCGAGGGGUCACCCCCGGUGGGUAGGCGACGUCCCUGAACCCAAUCAUUUGGUGUAAUCUGUCUCCCGCCCCCAUCUCUGAUCUUAUUAUACUGACUGCAUCCCACUACUUGCUUCACAAGGGAUGACUUACUAGCGCUGAUCGAUGAUCACGCUACGAGCAAAUAACAAGCCGGACAAAGUCCAACUCGGUGAAUAAACAUCGGAAAACAGAAAUGAUGAUAUAUGACUAAACAGUGACGAACCUGAUACGAGUGCGUCUGGAAGCAAAGGUCAAAACUGACGACUGUAUACCAACAAUCUUAGGUGUAUAUUGAGGCUACUGCUGAAUCCUGCGGGGAUAUGUUAGCGGACAAGAACAUGCACUGUGCGGAUAUGAAAUCAACAUGGCGUCCUUAGUAACCAAGAAUGCCUGGAGGUCGGUGAUGUUUAACCCAGAGCCCUUGUCGGUAUUCAUCACGAUGAUAUUACUUUUCACAUCAUGUGGUUCCACUGUAGGGAUCAAAGUUGUUUAUUUAACAUCUCACUGUGGCUAUGUGGUACCUACUGGAGCCGGGGGCCUCCUGGAGGCAGAAGACGGACUGAACUACAAAGAUAAUGUUGACUGUACCGUAACUCUGGCCGCCCUCCCCACCCAUAGGAUCCUGAUUCAAUUCCAUCGGUUUAGUCUAGAGAGUGGCGUUAAUGGUAAAUGUCUCGACGGUUUAAGGUUUUAUGAUGGGAGUACGGUGAACGAUCCGCCACUUACACCAGAACUCUGCGGACGUCUUACCCAGCUACCAGACUUCGUCUCCAACGGUAGCAACAUCACCGUAAGGUUCAAGACCGAUGAAGGGGGACAGAGCUUCGGAUUCGGGAUCUACUUCACACAGAUCUCAGACGCACCAUGUCUGGAUGAGGAGUUUGAAUGUAACAACAGCUACUGCAUUGGUCAGUCUCUCGUCUGUAACACCAUUAAUAUGUGUGGCGAUUGGAGUGAUGAAGGCAAUUGUACAGCGCCCCCUCCUGAACCUAAAGGUUUAUCCCUUGCUGCUAUAGUCGGUAUUGGUAUCUCGGUCAUUUUUGUCACUGCGGUAAUUAUCAUGCUAUGUGUACAGAUCAUCCAACAUCAUCGGAAACAGAUGAUUCUGAAGCGACUGGUUGAUCAAGUCGACCGCGACAUCAAGAAAAACCCGUAUGCGAAGUUGCCGUCAGAUGGAUCUGACGUUCAGAAGGAAGAUGAUUCGAGUUACGUUUUAAAGACGGAUGACGUCGGGUUGAGCGGGAAAGUUUUCGGUCGAAAGCGAUCCUCAAAAGUUGCUCCUUCACAGUACGACUCUUAAAAGGAUGCCUUCACUUUUCAUUUACUGAGAGCCAGAAGGGCGUUGAUUUAUCAUAUUCUUAUCCAAAGCUAACGCCCUACCAACUCUCAAAAGAGGUUUAGUUUCAGUCUUUCAACUAUCAGUUAAGAAAAUGAAUAAGACUUCACGACAAACAUUAUAUAUAUUAUACAAUCUC